AUGUCGGGAAGAAAGGCGUACGCCCGAGCUGCACCAGACGUAACCCCCGGACACGGGCCCGAGCCCGAAAUCACCUUCCCGACCGGGGUAUCCGAGCGACCCGAACACGACGAGGCCCUUGUGAUAUCGGCUAGGGUAGCCAACGCGCAGGUAAGAAGGAUCAUGGUCGACACUGGGAGCUUGGCCGAUAUACUCUACUUCGACGCCUUCCAAAAGCUCGGCUUGGCCAGGGAGAACUUGAGGCCAAUGAGUUCAGCGCUCACCGGAUUCACAGGAGAUUCGAUAUCCCCUCUAGGGGCUUUUACUCUGCCCUUGACCCUAGGGGUCCCACCGAGGUCGAAGACGGUGAUGACCACCUUUUUGGUGGUCGACCUUCCCAUUGCUUACAACGCCAUACUCGGACGGCCGACCCUCAACAAGGUCAGAGUCGUCGUCUCGACCUACUACCAAACCAUCAAGUUCCCGACUCACGCUGGGGUCGGAGAAGUUACAGGAAGUCCCCGAGAGUCCAGGCGGUGCUACCUGACCGCCGUUUCACUACACAAGAGGACCAGGAUCGAGCCGUCGCUGGAAGAUCCGUAG